UUUAAGUGUACUACUAAUUUGAAAAAAAAUUGAUAGAGGGAAGAAGAGAAGGAAAGAAGAAGAUGGAUUACAAUUUAGGAGCAUUAAAACUGAUGUGCGCGCAACUGAAAAACGCCCGCCAAACGCCGUCACAGAACGCCUUCAGUCUCGGUGGCAUCCUCUUCCAACGCGCUUGGAUUCAGGGGGUUUUAGUCUCCGUACCUUCGGCAUCCGAGGAUGGUGAGAGCGGCCGGUUCCUUCUAGACGACGGCACCGGUGUCAUUGAACUAUUGCUCUCCCGCGACCGCCAAUGGGAAUCUGGGAUGUACCUAAUGGUGAUUGGAGCGUAUAAUGUCCGCGCAGGUGAUCUUCCAUUUAUUAAGGUUCACAAAAUUGUUGAUCUUUCACCAUUUCCAGACAGGGAAUCAAUGUGGUAUCUGGAAGUCAUUGAAGCUUUCAAACUGUUUUAUGAACCAUUAUUUCAAGAAUGAUGCCAGAGUAGGAGAGAUAUUGACCCCUUCUUUGUUGUCAGUGUAUGCUAUUGUAUAUUCCAUUUUUCACCUGGGUUUUGACCCAUGUCUUUACUUCUUCUGAGAAGGGAGUUUUGAAUUGAACCUAGAAUUCAUCUCA